AUGUUUCCCAAAUCUCUUGUUUUUGCUUUCGUAGCCUCUUGCCUCUUCCUCGCCAAUGUUGGUGUUGAAGCUAGUACCUCCGGCAAGUUUCGUCGAGACAACGGCAAAGGCAAACAGGUUCUAGCGUCCACGAUCCUCGUCAAUUCAAUCCUCUCCAACGAACCGGAAAUAGCAUUCGGUGGCUGCACGUUACCAUUUGCUCAUGUAGACGAAUACUUUAAACCGGCUGUCGAUACUAAAGCUCGCCCGAUUCAAAAGUUUAUCACCGAAGCCCAAAAGCACGCCCAUUGCGUUCUGAUUGGCCCUAACUAUGUUGAAUGUGUAGAGAACGUUAAAAAGGUGGUAAAUAAACCCGGCGAUGUACGUUGGUGGGAGCAGGCAUUCUGCAAGCGUUGUUCCGAAGCUGGUGGAGAGAACGCUGAGGAACACGGUUGUUCGGGUUCGAAGGGUGGAAAGGAGGGUGGAAAGGGGGUUGAGGAUGGAAGCGAGGGUACUCCUGUCUAA